AGGGUAACUUGCUGUGGGCGGGGGCCACUCCCGCUCUCUCCUUGCAGGCCAUGUCCCGCAGGCUGGGCUGGCUGGCCCUGUACAGCCUGGCCGUGCUGCUGCUCAGCGGCCUGCUCUUCCUGAAGAAGGAGGCCAAGCCCACGGGGGCCCACACAGUCCGCCAGCCCUUCUGGGCUCCCUCACGACCCCGCAGCCACUGUCGACCCAACCACACAGUGGCUAAUGCCUCCUUGUCCCUGCCUAGCCGUCACCGUCUCUUCUUGACCUAUCGCCACUGCCGCAACUUUUCUGUCUUGCUGGAGCCUUCGGGCUGUGCCGCGGACAUCUUUCUGCUCCUAGCCAUCAAGUCGCAGCCUGGCCACGUGGAGCGGCGUGCGGCCAUCCGCAGCACGUGGGGCCGGGUGGGGGACUGGGCUGGGGGCCGACAGCUGAAGCUGGUGUUCCUCCUAGGGGUGGCAGGACCCGCACCCCCAGCCCAGCUGCUGGCCUACGAGAGCCGGGAGUUCGACGACAUCCUGCAGUGGGACUUUGUGGAGGACUUCUUCAACCUGACACUCAAGGAGCUGCACCUGCAGCGCUGGGUGGCGGCUGCCUGUCCCCAGGCCCACUUCAUGCUGAAGGGAGAUGACGAUGUCUUUGUCCAUGUCCCCAAUGUCCUGGAGUUCCUGGACAGCUGGGACCCAGACCAGGACCUCCUGGUGGGAGAUGUCAUCCGCCAGGCUCUGCCUCAUAGGAGCACCAAGGUCAAGUACUUCAUCCCACCCUCCAUGUACAGGGCUCGCCACUACCCGCCCUAUGCUGGGGGUGGAGGGUAUGUCAUGUCCAGAGCCACCGUGCAGCACCUCCAAGCAGCCGUGGAAGAGGCUGAACUCUUCCCUAUCGAUGACGUCUUUGUGGGUAUGUGCCUGAGGAAGCUGGGGCUCAGCCCCAUGCACCAUGCUGGCUUUAAGACAUUUGGAAUACGGCGGCCUCUGAACCCCCUGGACCCCUGCCUGUACAAGGGGCUGCUGCUUGUGCACCGCCUUAGCCCCUUGGAGAUGUGGACCAUGUGGGCACUGGUGACAGAUGAGGAGCUCAAGUGCUCAGCUGCCCCCCUGUCCCAGCAAGUGAAUUUUCCUAUCAUGAGAAAUUGA